AUGCCACAUCCACUCAGACCUUUGACUCUAUCAUGGCCUAAACCCCUUGUAGAGUUCUGUAACAAGGCUAUGAUUUUACAUCAAAUCGAAGCUCUUGUCAAGGCCGGCGUGAAAGAUAUCGUACUCGCAGUCAACUAUCGACCCGAAGUGAUGGUCUCGGUGCUCAAGAAGACUGAAGAGGAAUUCGGUAUCAACAUUCAUUUCUCAGUUGAGACUGAACCUUUAGGUACUGCUGGUCCUCUUGCUCUCGCUAGAGAAAUCCUCGGUAAAGAUGAUACACCUUUCUUCGUCUUGAACUCGGAUGUUACUUGCAUCUACCCAUUCGAGGCGUUCAGAGACUUCCACAUCGCCCAUAAAUGUGAAGGUUCAAUCAUGGUCACCAAAGUUGCCGAGCCCUCAGCGUACGGUGUAGUAGUCACCAAACCCGGAUCAACAGUCAUCGACCGAUUCGUUGAGAAACCAGUCGAAUUCGUUGGAAACAGAAUCAACGCCGGUAUCUAUAUUUUCAACCCAAGUGUUUUGGAUAGGAUUCAACUUCAACCCACAUCUAUCGAAAAAGAGGUCUUCCCUGCUAUCGCUGCCGAUCAGCAAUUGCAUUCCUUCGACCUUCCCGGUUUCUGGAUGGAUGUCGGUCAACCAAAAGAUUACUUGUCUGGAACAUGUCUUUACCUUUCACACCUCACUUCCACACAUUCACCUCUGCUCACUGACCCCAAGCAAAACAAAUGGGUAUACGGAGGUAACGUCCUGGUUGAUCCUUCCGCUGAAAUUGAUCCUACUGCUGUUAUUGGACCCAAUGUCGUGAUUGGUCCAGAUGCCAAGAUCGGUCCAGGUGUGAGAUUACAACGAUGUGUCAUCCUCUCAAAUGCUACCGUGAGGGAUCACGCUUGGAUCGCAAACUCCAUUAUCGGUUGGAACUCUAACGUAGGACGAUGGACCCGAGUCGAAAACAUCACUGUGCUCGGUGAUGACGUUACUAUCAAAGAUGAACUUUAUGUUAAUGGUGCUUCAGUCUUGCCCCACAAGAGUAUCUCAUCAUCAAUCACAGAACCCCGUAUUGUCAUGUGUAAGUUUUAA